AUGAAAUAUCCCGCCUUUAGCAUCGACACGGAAACGGUGCGCCUGACCGACAACCCCUUGGACGAUUACCAGCGUCUGUACGUUGUCAGCGUACUCGAUAAGGACUCGCCGCCUGCCAGUUUCAGCGCCGGGCUCAACAUUAAGAAGGCGAACUAUAAAUCGUCUAUUGCUGCGCAGUUCACGCAUCCAAACUUCAUUAUCAGGUCUCCGAAUACCGCGAAGGAAGAAGAAGAGAUGGCCGCUCAGAACGUCGUCAACUGCUUUGAGUACCAGUUCCCAAACCUGCAGACGAUUCAGAGUCCCAUCAACGAGCAAACGUUGUCCGCUCAGCUCUCCAACUCCGCCGCUUCCCACCCUCCCUUGCAUCUACACGGUAAAAACAUUUUGAUGGGCAAGAUCAUACUGCCCUCCCGCGCCAACAAAACGCCGGUCUUGGUAUCCCCCAUCAAGCCAGAGAAGAAGGUGCUGCCAUCCGCAUCACGCGAGAGUGCCUCGUCUUCGCUGACCAAGAACCAGCAAUUCAAGCUGACCAAACUGGACCAUAAUCUGAUCAACGACAAGCUCAUCAACCCUAACAACUGCGUGAUAUGGUCGCAUGAUUCCGGCUACGUCUUCAUGACGGGUAUCUGGAGGCUGUAUCAGGACGUCAUGAAGGGUCUCAUAAACUUGCCCAGAAACGACGUCGCCUCCACCAGCCAGCAGCAGUUCUUUUGCAAGGCGGAGUUCGAAAAAAUCCUGUCCUUUUGCUUCUACAAUCAUAACUCGUUCCCCUCCGAUGAGUCCUCAAAUCUCCUGCCGUCGUCCUCGACUGCUUCGCCGCCAAAGAGACGGAAGUCCACGGGGUCCACUUUCUUGGAGGCCAACACUUCCUCCUCCGCCACGUCUUCCACACAGGCAAACAACUACAUCGACUUCCACUGGAACAACAUCAAGCCCGAACUAAGAGACUUUAUUUGCCAGUCCUACAGGGAUUUCCUGACCAAUGAACUUGGUCCCGACCAAAUAGACUUGCUCAACUUGAACCCGGCGAAUUUUACGAAAAGAAUAAGAGGUGGUUACAUCAAGAUUCAGGGGACUUGGUUGCCCAUGGAAAUCUCAAGAUUGCUUUGUCUGAGGUUUUGCUUCCCCAUAAGAUAUCUUUUAGUGCCCAUCUUCGGUCCAGAUUUCCCCAAAGACUGCGAGUCCUGGUAUCUGGCUCAUCAAAACAUCACAGUAACCAGCACCAAUGCUGCGGCUACUAAAAGUGCACUUUCCGCAAUGGCAAGGCCUAGACAAAAGCCCAGGCCUAGGCCAAGACAAAGAUCGACCUCCAUGUCUCAUUCCAAGGCGCGCAAGCUUGUCAUUGAAGACGCCUUGCCUUCAUUCGAUUCGUUUGUGGAAAAUCUGGGCCUUUCCUCGGACGAUAAAAACUUUAUCAAAAAGAACAAUAAAAGGCAACGAUCAUCCACUUAUUCCUCGCCAACCUCUUCCCCCAUAGGGCGAGGAGACCCAACUGUGCAAAUCCUAUCGAAUCUAGCAUCCUUUUACAACACGCACGGUCACAGAUAUUCCUAUCCCGGGAACAUCUAUAUCCCGCAGCAAAAAUAUUCUCUGCCUCCACCAAACCAGCUCUCGUCGCCACAGCGACAACUGAACUACACCUAUGAUCAAACUCACCCUGUUCCCUCUCAAUACCAAUCUCCAAGGCAAUAUCACGUACCAUCUUCCCCCAUCGCAGCAGCACCCCCCAUCUUCCCUCAGCCUUAUAGUGACGAUCAUUAUCAUUUCCUGAAAUACGCUAACGAAGUUUAUAACCAACACAAUCAACGGCCAGCUAAUAAUACAACUAAAAACACGGACACCUCCUCUUCGCCCAGGACAAAUAAUUCACUGAAUAACUUUAAAUUCAAAACAAAUUCAAAACAAUAA